GCCAGUGUGAGCGGCGCGAGAGACGAGCUGAGGAACCGACCACCGGACACUACUUUGAAAUUUCAGUCGUUUCCCCCUUCAGUCAAGUGUGGAUAACAUGGAAGAGGCCAACAAGCUAAUCGGCGAGGGCAAGAAGCACCUGGUGAUGGGGAAGGUGGUGGAGGCGGUGAGCGCCCUUCAGGAGGCCUGCAGCAUGCUAGCUAAAAAGUAUGGAGACACAGCAGAUGAGUGUGGAGAGGCUUUCUUCUGGUGUGGUAAAGCGCUGCUGGAUUUGGCACGGAUGGAAAACUCAGUUUUGGGUAAUGCUCUGGAGGGAGUGCCAGAGGAGGAGGAGGAGGCGGAGGCGGAUGAGGAGAAACCCAAAGACUCAAAAGUUGAGAGCACAGAAAACAUUGAUGAGAAGACCAGAGACGAGCUGAGGGUUCAGGUGUACGACGCCAUGGCGGAGAAGAAAAAUGAAGAUGCCGAGAAGAAAAAUGAAGACGCUGAGAAGAAAAAUGAAGACACUGAGAAGGUUGAAAAGCAGAGCGAAGAUGCGGAGAAGAGCGGUGAUGCAGAAAAGGCUGAGGCUGGUAAAGAGCAGAAAGUAGCAAAGGAAGAGGGGGGUGAGAAAAAGAAGAGCGAGGCUGAUGAAAGCGAAUCUGCAGAAAAUGAAGAGAAGAAGGGAGACGAGGAGACUGAGAAGGAAAGCAAGGAAGAGGACUCGGCAGACAAGACGGAGGCAGGAGAAGAGGGGGAGGAGGAAGAGGACAGUGAUGAGGCAGAAAUGGAGGGCGACGCAGAAGAGCAGGGCGAGGGAGAUGGCGCCGCUGAGAAGGACAGUGAUGAUGAGGAGGUGGGGAACCUGCAGCUGGCCUGGGAGAUGCUGGAAGUGGCCAAAGUCAUCUACAAAAGGAAAGAGACUAAGGAUGAUCAGCUGAUGGCAGCUCAGGCCCACCUGAAACUGGGCGAAGUUUCUUCUGAAUCGGGAAAUUACACACAGGCAUUGGAGGAUUUCCAGGAGUGUCUGAAGCUGCAGGUGAAGCACCUGGACUCGAACAGCCGCCUGCUCGCCGAGACUCACUACCAGCUCGGCCUGACCUACAGCCUGAACCUUCAGUACAGCCAGGCCAUCGAGGAGCUCAACAGCUCCAUCUCUGUCAUAAAGACCAGGCUGGACAAACUACAGGAGCUGCUCGACAAGGCCGAGGGUCCGGAGGCUCUGCCAGAUGAGAGGAAGGAGAUGGAGGAGCUGAAGGCUCUGCUUCCGGAGAUCCAGGAGAAGGUGGAGGACGCCACAGAGGGACAGAAAACGGUGACCACUGCGUCUGAGGCUGUGAAGGGUGUGCUGGAUGGAGGCUCCACUUCCUCUGCAUUUCCUGGGUCUGCUGUACAGAACGGUGACGCUUCCUCCAGCUCAAAAAUUAACGGCACAUCAACCAACGGUGUCAGUUCCACUAACGGACACACCUCCGCUGCUCCAGUCUCUGACAUCUCCCACCUGGUCAGAAAGAAGAGGAAACCAGAGGAGAGUCCUGUGAAGGAAGGUGUGCUUAAGAAGGUGAAGCAGGACGACGGUCACACUAACGGCGUGAAGGAGCAGCCUCACACUGACGGUGUUCACAAAGCCAAUGGAGACACAAAUGGACACACUAAAAGUAUGGAAGUCGAGAGUCAGUGAAGCUGAAUUCCCUCCAGAUUUUUGUCUCGGCCCAAGAAGAGAUUCACCAUCACACCAAGCUCUUACUGUUGCUACACUUGUUUGCUGUUUGUAAAUAUGUGUAUCUUUUUCUAUGCCUGUUGUUGUGUUAGUGUGUGUGUUUGUUCACGUA